GUGGGUCUGUCUCUUUUCAAAGGUAAAGUCCUGAAUGAUUUGACCUGACCCGGGGCCAUUCGAAACGCAAUGAUGACGGGAAGGAAGCGGGUCGAAAAGAAAGUCCGGUUUUAUACAUCGCUAUACCUGGAAAGGAGGACGUUCUAACCACUACUUGGAUUCAGCCAGGAACUAGCUUAGAAAGCAUUCAGCCCACCCGUCUUAGCUCCUUAGAUUCUAUCAUGGCUUCCGAGGUUGAAGAGACCCUUAAAAAGUUGAUCGCCCACAAGGGCGUGAUCGGCACAAUCAUCGUAAAUGCCGAAGGAAUUCCCAUUAAAUCCACCAUGGACCCGCACACAACCACCCAAUACUCGGGAUUGAUCAACCAACUCGUGGAGCAAGCUCGUACCAUGUUCAAGGAGAUUGACUCGAGCAACGAUCUCACCUUCAUGCGGAUGAGGACGAAGAAGCACGAGCUCAUGGUGGCCCCAGAUGGAGACUAUCUCCUCAUUGUCAUUCAAAAUACAUCGGAACGAGCCUAACAUUGCUGGAAUAAAACAAAAAUUCGGCGGCCGGGCGGUACCACUGGCGGGUUGUGCGUCUGGAUGUAUUUGUGUGGUUUUAUUUCCCAGUUUGAUUGUCGUCUUUAUCGAGUUGGUCUGUGAUGACAGUAAGAUCCUUGAUAUCGUCCGUAAUGAGCUUGACCAAGGCUUGAAUGGCGUCUUGUUGUUGCUUCAAGACCUGCUUGACAUCUUGCAAUAAGAAAGGGUCCAUGGAUCCGG